AUGGCGACUGACAUCAAGGUUGAGAUGCCGGUGCAUCCAGGCAUGAUGAUGCCUCUGUCUGUGGGCCAUGACAUGGGCCAGUCUGCCCCGAUGCAACCCCCUAUGAACAUGAACCUCAAGGUUUCUACGCCUAACCAGUCCUCCUGCGCCGCGCCCAUGCCAACUCCCAACUCUGCCAUCACGACCAAGAGCUCUCAGACUCCUUCGCCGUCGGCAUCCGCAACCAGCCAAAGCGCCUCUUCUUCGAAACGUCCUGCUCGCAAGAGCACGCUGACGCAGCAGCAGAAGAACCAGAAGCGGCAGCGGGCUACUCAAGAUCAGCUGACGACGCUGGAGUUGGAAUUUAACAAGAAUCCCACCCCCAACGCCGAGACGCGGAACGCGAUCGCGGAGCAGAUCAACAUGACCGAAAGGUCUGUCCAGAUCUGGUUCCAGAACCGCCGUGCUAAGAUCAAGUUGCUCGCGAAGAAGAGCAUCGAGACUGGCGAGGACAUUGAUCUCAUUCCCGAGUCGAUGCGUGCUUAUCUGGCCAUGCAGGCUGCCGAGAGCGGCAAGGGCCUCGGUGGUGCUUUCUACGGCCGCACCGGCCUGAUGGGCUAUGGUCCCGGUAUGCUCCUUGGUGGGGAGCACGCUAACCAGGGCAAACUUUUGAUCCACCAUCUCACAUGCCGGUCUCUGAGCAUUGGCAAGUGGGUUCGCGUUGGUCAGAACACCAUGGACCUGAUCAUCUUCUACUCUCCCCACAACGGCACUAUGACGUACUACAUCAACAAUGAGAACGCCGGCUACAAGAUCGAGUACCCGUUUUCGUACAUCAAGCAUAUCUACCUUGACCAGGAGGAGGACCCAAACAAGUCCGGCGGUAUCGUCAUCGAGCUGAAUCAGCCGCCCACCUUUAUGAUGGACUGCACCCCGAACGGCAGCGGCUUUAGUGUCUGCGGUGACUUCACCGAGAACCAGCAGGCGUCCCAGUGCCUUGUGCAUCAGCUCGGCGGCAACCCCAAGGUUCUGAGUGGCCAGUUGGCCAAGCUCAUCUCGCUCGAGACCUUUAUGACCCGCCACAGCCCUCAUAACCCUCACAACAUUGCUGCCGCUGCUGCUGCCGCCGCUGCGUCUGCUGCCGCCACGACACCCGGUGGCCCCAUUGUUCCCCUCGUCGCUCCCAUCCCGCUGGACGCGGCCGCUCACAACCUGUCCGUCUCGGCACCCGUCUCGCCCACCGGGCGUCCGUCAUCGCAGCCCAACUUCCUGCAGCCCCAUGUGGGCGUGUUCCAGGAGUCGCAAUGGGGCAUCAACGCCAUGCACUCUGCUGGUGGCAUGCGGUCGGGCCCCGGUCACAAACGGCAGCGGUCUCGGUCGGUUCCCAUGGCUAUUGACUUCUCAAUGCUGCAGGCCCCGAUGCCGUCGUUCUACAUCCAGCAUCCCGGCGAGACGCAGCCGCAGCCGCACAGCCCCAGCAUUUAUGCGCCCGUGCCGCAGAACCCCAACGGCCUGAGCCCUGCGGGCUCCAACCUGCGGAUCGACACGCAGGCCGGCUUCGGCCUCGACAUGCGCCAGUACCCCAUGUCGGCCACGACAGCGCCCUCGCCUUCCGAAUACGGCUCAAGCCCCAACUUUUUCGCUCCGCCGGGUGGUGACAACGCUGGCCUGCCAGCCUCGAGCUACAACACGCCGUACGGCACCACUUUCCUGUCGCCCAUGAUGGGCGCCCAGAGCAUGGUUCCGCCGCCGUCGGUGUCACCGCUGUCCUUUGCUGGCCGUUCCGAUCCUGCUAUUGUCGACCAGUCACCGCCUAUGACGAUGAUGGGCCGCAGCGCAUCGGCUGACAUCUACCACCCGCUGAACGGCGGUGGCGACUCUUCGGCCAUUUCGGACGACGGAGGCAACCUCAACGACAUGUACUCGAAGCACUCGAUCAACCUCCCGCUGCACCCGCAUUCGCCCGGCCAGUAUACGGACAACCAAGCCGAGCUGGAUAUGAGCCAGCUUGUGCAAUUUGACCCAGUUGACGCCGCCAGUCUGUCUCCCGAGAGCCUGCCUCCUCAUUCGGCAGCAGCAUGA